CUAAGGAAAAGAUUUAACAUUCAAUCGACCGAGUGAUUGACUUAUUGUGCUCUCGAGUUUUGAAAGAAACAGAAAAAAACUCGUACUUCUAAAUUAUUGAAUUGAAAUUAAAUACAUGUCUUUGAAUUAGUUGCCUCUUCUUUGUCAUCUCAUUUACUUGCCUUCUUCUUCUACACUGGUUGUGGCAAUGUCUUAUGAUAAAGAGCUGGCCGCUGCCAAGAAAGCUGCCUCUCUCGCUGCUCGUCUCUGUCAGAAAGUGCAAAAAGUUUUGCUGCAAUCAGAUGUUCAAUCCAAAAAUAAUAGAAGUCCUGUAACAGUAGCUGAUUAUGGCUCACAAGCACUGGUUAGUUUUUUGCUGCAGCAGGAAUUUCCUGCUGGAUUCUCAUUAAUUGCCGAAGAGGAUUCUAAAGAUCUUCGCAAGGAUGGUGCCCAGGAAAUAGUAGAGCGCAUUACAAAACUUGUGAACGAUUCUCUAACUAGUGAUGGAUCAUACAGUGUUACUUUAUCGACAGAAGAUGUUCUCAAGGCCAUUGAUAGUGGCAAAUCUGAAGGUGGUUCUGAAGGUCGACACUGGGUUUUGGAUCCUAUAGAUGGCACUAAAGGGUUUCUGAGAGGAGAUCAAUAUGCAGUAGCCUUGGCUUUGCUAGACAGAGGAAAAGUUGUUUUAGGUGUGCUGGCUUGUCCAAACCUUCCACUAACUUGCAUCAGUGGUGCUGAUCGGCAUUCUCCAAAUAAUGAAGUUGGCUGUCUUUUCUUUGCUGAAGUUGGUGGAGGAACUUAUAUGCAGCCACUUGAUGGUUCUUCAACGGUGAAGGUGCAAGUAAGUGCUGUUGAAAAUCCUGAAGAAGCAUCGUUCUUUGAGUCAUAUGAAGCAGCACACUCCAUGCAUGAUUUAUCUAGUUUAAUUGCCCAAAAACUUGGAGUCAAAGCACCACCAGUUAGAAUGGAUAGCCAGGUAAAGUAUGGGGCUCUGUCCAGAGGAGAUGGAGCAAUAUAUAUACGUCUUCCACGGAAAGGGUAUCGGGAGAAAAUAUGGGAUCAUGCUGCUGGAUCUAUUGUUGUGAGUGGUAUGGACCAAUUUCACUCCGUCUGCUACUUUCUCUCAAAAGCUGGGGGUGUGGUCACAGAUGCUGCAGGGAACCCAUUGGAUUUUUCCAGGGGAAGGUAUCUUGAUCUGGACACAGGCAUCAUUGUUACCAAUCAGAAGUUGAUGCCAUCACUGUUUAAGGCAGUUAGAGAAUCCCUGGAGGAGAAAGCUUUAUCCUUGUGAUUCUUUUUACAGGAAGGGUUUCAUCCUUUCCUCAUUUAAGCUUUUCAUAAUCUUUGUCGUUCAUUAUGCUUUCCUUCAGUGGUUUCUAUUUUCUCCCAAAUGCAUGUAGUUACAUGUACAAUUAGCAUGUAAAAGAAUCGGAUCAAUCAAGGAAAUUUUACAUAUAUUUCAUGUUGCAGAAUUCCUUUUGAGUAAUUAAGCACUAUCAAUAUCUUUUCUUUACUUUUAUAAUUUCAUGUUGCCCCUAAUAAUCUUUAAAGGUGGAGCCACCUAUACUUCAGUUCUAAAGUUCACCUAAUUGUACUUAAUUUGGUGAGACAAGAACAAAUGCGAGGUCUUAUGAAUGAAACACAUCACCAAAUUGAUUGCUCACUUCAAUUUUCAGAUAUAGAAGGAUCCAAGUGAAAAGCAACUAGAAGAUGUGAAAGAUAAAGCUACCCCUAAAAGAUUUCUAGGCGAUUUGUUUUUCUGACUACGUAAGGGUAAAAGCAGUGCAUGAUUUCAAAGUAGAGAAAUGGUAAAAAACUCAAAAAGAUUGAUAGAAAGGCAGAAGAGAACGACAAUAUUAAGGAAGUGCACAUACCUAUAAACUUUUUGUAACAUGAUGAUUGUUUCUCUCAAAGUAUUAAGCCAGGACUCGAAGC